AUGUUGGCAGAGGCUAUCGCAAUUAUUUUUUUGACUUACCUGGUGGUCAACUUUCUGACAACCAGGAAGCAAUUGAAACAGAUGGCUACCCAUUUUGUCGGUCCGAAGCCGCAUCCAGUUUGGGGUAACGUGCACCUUUUUGCCUAUCAGGAUGUUCCAGGGAUGUUUGAAACCUUGGUUGGAUUUCAUACAUUGUUCGGUAAAGACGUUAUCACCUGGGGUCCACUAAAUUUGACGAUGCUCAAUCUGACCAGUGCUGAGAAUGUGGAGAAAGUUAUUAUGGCUAAGAAAACGAAAAAGUCAUUCAUCUAUGAUUUCGUCAGACCAUGGCUCGGUGAUGGUUUGCUGAUUUCCAGUGGUGAAAAGUGGUUCCAGAGAAGGAAGAUUAUUACUCCAACGUUUCAUUUCAACAUAUUGGAAAACUUCGUUAAUGUAUUCAAUAAGGAAAGCGACAUAAUGGUAGAGGUUCUCAAGAAACACGUCGACGGGUCUGAGUUUGACAUUUACAAUUAUGUUACGCUAAUGGCGUUGGAUAGCAUUUGUGAAACAUCAAUGGGAACCGCUGUCGAUGCUCAAAAGAAUCCCCAGAACAAAUAUGUUCAGAAUGUAAAAAGAAUGUCCGUUCUAAUUUUACUGCAAACAGUUAGCUUCCUUUCGGGAUUUCCCCUUCUGUAUGCACUUUUCCAUCCGAAGGGAUGGGAACAGCGAGGCAUUGUUAAGCAGCUUCAUCAGUUUACCGAUUCGAUUAUCGAACAAAGGAGGACACAGCUGGAGCGGGAACAAUCAAAACAGAUUGAUUUUAACAAGGAUGAGGAAAAUUUGUAUGCCAAACGUAAGAUGACAUUUUUAGAUUUGCUGUUGAAUGUUCGAGUGGAAGGAAAACCUUUGUCCAACUUGGAUAUUCGGGAGGAAGUCGAUACCUUUAUGUUUGAGGGCCAUGACACUACGACUAGCGGAAUUUCGUUUGCCAUAUAUCAACUUGCUCUAAAUCAGUCUAUCCAGGAUCGCGUGUAUGAUGAAGUGGUAAAAAUUCUAGGCCCAAAUCCUCUAUCUAAAAAUCUCACUCAUCAAGAACUUCAAGAUUUUCGUUACCUUGAGGCUGUGAUUAAGGAAUCAAUGAGACUAUUUCCACCUGUUCCACUUAUUGGCCGACAACUAGUGGAAGAUUUGGAAAUGAAUGGAACCACCUUAAAAGCCGGUCAGGACAUUCUCAUUCCAAUCUACGUAAUCCAUAGAAAUCCGGAAGUUUUCCCCGACCCGGAACGGUUCGAUCCGGAACGGUUCACGGAAGCGGCCGAAUCCAACCGUGGACCGUACGACUAUAUUCCGUUCAGUGCCGGAUCAAGAAACUGCAUUGGGCAACGUUACGCCAUGCUGGAGAUGAAAGUCACGCUGAUCAAAUUGAUUGCUGCUUACAAAAUUCUACCCGGAGAAUCGUUAAGACAACUGAGAGUUAAAACGGAUUUAGUGUUGCGACCGGAUGAGGGCAUUCCGGUUAAAAUAGUUUUAAGGCAAUGA